UUUGUAAGUCAUUCCCUACCAAACUCAAAUAUUUGCUUUUAGGGUAGAGGAAUUUCCCACCUCUCCCUAGUUCGUGGCCUUAGAGCUAGCUACUCUACCCCAGAUACCUUUGCUUCAUCUCAUGUUCCUGUAGCCUCUUCUCCUAAUCCUACAAAUGUUUUCUUUUCUCCCCAUUUCCAUUUUUUUCCCUCUGUCCCUUCCUCUCCUGUUCCCUACUCUCCUAAUCCCCCUCCCUAUCCUCUUUCUGGUUUCCUUCUCAUAGGGUGUUUAAGAAGACCAGCUCCAAUGCAAAGGUGAGAGAACCUAGCCCAGCUGGGCAAAUGAGAGGGCAAAGGGGAUAGGUGGGUAUAUCCCUCAGAGUCCCAAGGUUUGGGGUUGGGGUUUCAGGGAAAUCCAAAGAUGAUUGUGACAAUAACAUGGGAAGUUGUUCCAUACAGCUCUCCAUCUACCUGGGGAAGCGGGACUUCGUGGAUCAUGUGGAUACAGUGGAACCCAUUGAUGGUGUAGUUUUGGUUGACCCUGAAUACGUAGAAGGUCGAAAGCUGUUUGUCACGUUGACAUGUGCCUUUCGCUAUGGCCGUGACGAUUUGGAUGUUAUUGGUCUGACAUUUCGCAAAGAUCUGUAUGUACAGGCCAAGCAAUUGAUCCCAGCUGAACCCAACAGCAACCAGGAGCCCCUCACAGUCCUACAGGAGCGACUGAUGCACAAGUUGGGGGACAAUGCCUACCCCUUUACUCUGCAGAUGGUUCCCAAUCUGCCCUGUUCAGUGACGCUGCAGCCAGGUCCUGAAGAUGCAGGAAAGGCUUGUGGAGUUGACUUUGAAGUAAAGAGUUUCUGUGCUGAAAACGUGGAGGAGAAAGUCUCCAAGAAAGACUCUGUGCGGCUGGUUGUCCGGAAAAUACAGUUUACACCACCAGAGCCAGGUGCUCGACCCUGGGCCCAGACUGUGCGCCGCUUCCUUCUGUCAGCUCAGCCCCUACAGCUUCAGGCCUGGAUGGACAAGGAGGUUCACUACCAUGGCGAACCCAUCUCUGUUAACAUUUCUAUUAAUAACAACACAAACAAGGUCAUCAAAAAAAUCAAGAUUUCAGUUGACCAGAUCACAGAUGUCGUCAUGUAUUCACUAGACAAGUAUACCAAGACCGUGCUCACUCAGGAAUUCACGGAGACUGUAGCUGCUAACUCCAACUUCACCCAGAGCUUUUCAGUAACCCCACUUCUGGCUGAUAACUCUCAGAAACAGGGCCUCGCACUGGAUGGCAAACUCAAGCAUGAAGAUACCAACCUGGCUUCUAGCACAAUUAUUCGACCUGGAAUGGACAAAGAGCUGCUGGGGAUCCUUGUGUCCUACAAAGUCAGGGUCAACUUGAUGGUGUCUGGCGGAGGCAUCCUAGGAGACCUGACAGCCAGUGAUGUUGGUGUGGAGCUGCCCCUGAUCCUGAUGCAUCCCAAGCCAUCUAAUGAAGAUGCUAGCUCUGAGGACAUUGUCAUUGAAGAAUUUGCACGACAGGGCGACGGAGGGGAGGAGGGCCAGAAGGCUUCUGCGGAGGAAGACAAGGAGAGCUGA